CCAGAGUGCUCCGCGGCGCUCGGCUCACUCUGGCCCGUGGGUUGGUGGGAAGGGGUCAAAAUGGCGGCGGCCGGCGCCAGGGCCACUCGGCUGCUCCUGCUCUUGCUGAUGGCGGCCGCAGCCCCCAGCCGCGCGCGGGGCAGUGGUUGCCGGUCCGGGGCCGCUGCGCGGGGGGCCGGGGUGGAAGGUCGAGACGAGGCCUGUGGCACCGUGGGGCUGCUGCUGGAGCACUCAUUUGAGAUCGAUGACAACGCCCACUUCCGGAAGCGCGGCUCCAUCCUCUGGAACCAGCAGGACAGCACCUUGUCCCUGUCGCAGCGGCAGCUCAACGAGGAGGAGCGGGGCCGACUCCGGGAUGUGGCAGCCCUCAACGGCCUGUACCGGGUCCGGGUUCCCAGGCGGCCUGGCGCCCCUGAGGGCCCCGAAGCUGGCGGCUACGUCUCCUCCUUCGUCCCUGCGUGCUCCCUGGUGGAGUCGCACCUCUCGGAUCAGCUGACGCUGCACGUGGAUGUGGCUGGCAACGUGGUGGGCCUGUCGGUGGUGACGCACCCCGGGGGCUGCCGGGGCCACGAGGUGGAGGACGUGGACCUGGAGCUGUUCAACACGUCUGUGCUGCUGCAGCCGCCCGUCACCGCCCCAGGCCCCGAGACGGCGGCCUUCAUCGAGCGCCUGGAGAUGGAGCAGGCCCAGAAGGCCAAGAACCCGCAGGAGCAGAAGUCCUUUUUCGCCAAAUAUUGGAUGUACAUCAUUCCUGUCGUCCUGUUCCUCAUGAUGUCGGGAGCACCGGAUGCCGGGGGCCAGGGGGGCGGUGGGGGUGGGGGUGGCGGAGGGGGCAGUGGCCGGUGAGGGGCCGGGGGCUUCCCUGCGGCCCAGAGAGCCGGGCCUUGCUCACCCCAAAAGGACUCGCUGGCCCCUCCCCACGUGCCGCUCCCCUGGGCCCUGUGUUCCUGUCUGGAGGGGCGGUGGGACUCUUGGCCCUGCUGCCCCCUGCCCGCCCCCGUGGCCCCACUGCAGCCCCAAAGGCUUCCCUCUGACCCGUGUCCCCUCGUCCCCCAGCACCCGCUGGGCUCCAUGGCCCCUGCCUCGUCGGCCACGCUCCGUCCCUGUGCCCUGAGGGCGCCUGGCUCCGCUCCUUCCUGGCU